CGCGGUGACGUGUUCUUUCCGGUCGGUCCGGUUCGCUCGGUCGCGUAGCGUUGCACAUCUUUCUCGAGCCGCGGUCGCUAAUAGUAAAUAUAAUCGGCAAUUUCUGGCAGCUUAAGUUUUGCUGCGAAGGAAGCGUCUCUCCGGACCCCCCGCGUGAGUCACUCAGCGACUCGCUCGCUCGCUCGCGCACGAAGCAGAGAACCGUCGAGCUGCGGAGCUGCGCGACCGCCGACCCGCCGAGAGAAAGAGGAGAAAAGAAAGAGCGCCGUGCCGCGCAGCCAGGAAGAUCAACUUCGACAUCAUCCUCGUCGUCAUCAUCAUCAUCAUCAUCAUGUCGACCUCGACGAGCGGCGGCGGCGGCGGCGGGGAGUUCGGUAACCCCCUGCGGAAGUUCAAGCUCGUUUUCCUGGGCGAGCAGAGCGUGGGGAAGACCUCGCUUAUCACCAGAUUCAUGUACGACAGCUUUGACAACACUUACCAGGCCACCAUUGGCAUAGAUUUCCUGUCGAAAACCAUGUACUUGGAGGACCGCACGGUGCGACUCCAGCUGUGGGACACAGCAGGCCAGGAGCGCUUCCGCAGCCUCAUCCCUAGCUACAUCCGCGACUCCACCAUCGCUGUGGUGGUCUAUGACAUCACCAAUCUCAAUUCCUUCCAGCAGACCUCCAAGUGGAUCGACGAUGUCAGAACGGAGAGAGGAAGUGACGUCAUAAUCAUGCUGGUUGGGAACAAAACCGAUCUGGCUGAUAAAAGGCAGAUCACCGCCGAAGAGGGCGAGCAGAGGGCUAAGGAGCUGAAUGUCAUGUUCAUUGAGACCAGCGCAAAGACUGGAUACAAUGUCAAACAGCUGUUCCGCCGUGUGGCCGCAGCCCUGCCGGGGAUGGACAGCACGCCCGAGAAGAGCAAGGAGGACAUGAUCGACAUCAAGCUGGAGCGGACGGCCGACCAUCCCGUCACGGAGAGCAGCUGCUCGUGCUAGCGCCGACGGCGACGCGCUGCCCUCCGCCAUUCCUCCCUCGCAGCCCCUCUCACGGGCCACUCGCACCAGCCAAGGCGAAGGCCCGCGGGCAGCGAAGAAAAGAACCCGUUUGCUGUUGACUCAGUGACUUUCGGAGUAAACGUGUGGAUGUGCUAUUACUCUGUGAAACAAAACAAAGGCAAAAAAAAUUUCUAUAUAUUAUAUACAUAUAUAGCAUUGGUGGGAAAAAAAAGACCAAUGAAACCACGAGAUGCAGAUUCGAUCGACCUGCAUCCGUUCCAAUUGCAUGGCCUGUAUAGGAUCACAGCGGUGGCUUCUCUCACUUGCAUCGUUCUCACUUCUUUUAGCAGCACCAUCAACAGCAUCAGCCGUGCAGCUCUGAUACAUCCGGCGACAGGCGCCCUAAUCGAAGCCCUAAAGAGCUGUGAUUUAAUACUUUUCCCCCGCUUUGUUGCUGAGAAAUGUUAUCGAUUUUAAUUCAGUAUUUAUGGAAAUCCCAACUCUCAUUUAUUGGCCUUUUUUCCUCCAAGGAGGGUAAAUGUGGGGGUUCUGUACAUGGUUCUUACUUUGCGAUGCACCUUGCUGGCGUGCAAGAGCAGAAGAGCUGCGCGCACAACCGAAAACAGGUGAACUGGAUCAUAAUUUUAUCCCGGCCCACUAUGAUUUGUUACGUGCCCCUCGUGUACCUAGGCAAGGGAAGAAGCUGAAGGGCCAGUCCCAGAGAAGAUGCCCUUCAACCUGGAAAUUAUAACCCUGUUUUUAUAUGCAAGUUGUAACAAGGGGCUGCAGGUAGAAUGCGGGUGUGAGCGGUGUAAGAGCACAAGCAUUUUUCUGGUGGGAAGGGCAAAUCGACCGCCAGUAGCUCCCACGCUCGUCCUUCCGGGGGUUGACCGCGUUUCGUCCCCCGUAAGCCUCUCGCACUCAACCGUUUGCGGUCCAGAAAACCGUUUCUGCUUCACGUGCGUGCGUCCCACGACCUUACGGCGCAGGAACGAGUUUCUAAACGUGGGAAGCGGAGGCGAUACGUUAAGCCGCCUUCGUCGCCCCGUCCCUACAGCGAGGUCCCGUCCUUUCCUGGGUGUCCCAGCGGUUGCUCUGCCUUCUGCUGGGUCCGUGGAAAGCGGACCCCUGACCCCGUAUCGCCCUCACCAGCUCCUAUAUUCUGAACGUUGUUGGCUGGGAAAAGUAGUUCUGGUCGCCCUGGAGCCCCGCUGGCGUUUCCAAAGCUGGGCUUGGCAGAGAGAUCACUUGCAGUAGCGCUGCUGCUUGACUUGGGUGUAAGCGCAUGGGGCGAAGUGCAGCAGGACCGCGAUCGAUUUCUAACAUUUCGCUCUUAAUUUUUACCGUCUUGCUGACCAGUUCUAACAGUUUGACCAAAACGACUUUAAAAAGGGGGCAUUUUUGGAGCUGCUUCUAUUUAACGAUGUGCUGAAGUUGUCCCAUCUUGCCUGAACUGCACCUGAGCCGUGACCGGGGGUGGCGUCGCGAAACGUGCUCCGAAUCCGAGCGCCGAGGCUGCGGGACGGGUUGCGACCAGCCUUUGGUUCGACACCGCUUUCCCCCUCCAUGUGACACACACCGAACAGGUUUGAAACCGUUUAAAAGACUACAUUAAAUAUUGUCCAAAGUUACUCAUGUUGUAUAAAGCAGCAGCAGAACCUCCUACACGCCGCUGACUGAAUAUUCAGCUUUGUACUAUUCCGGAGUGUCCGUCUGUCCGUCUGGAACAUGCCGUCUACUAGUCUUUAGCGAAGUCUGUGUGAAUAAUGUAUUAUUAAUAUCUAUAGUGAAAAGAGGAAAGGAAUGAAAACUGAUGUCACAUGAAAUAAAGUGUUUCACCGAACAGAA